AUGUUUGCUAAAAUCACAAUCUUGUGCAGUGUGGUGGUGGCUGCGAGUGCUGGUCUUUUGCACCACGCUCCAGCUGUCUCAUCCCAGAACAUCAUACGCCACGACAACGUGCACGAGACCCCAGUGCACUACGAGGCUCCGGUCCACGCUGUACCCGCAUACCAUUCAGCUCCAGCAGUCCACGCUACCGCAGUCGUCCAUGCCGCUCCAGUAGUCCACGCUGCUCCCAUUGCCCACGCUGUCCCAGCCUACCAUGCUGCACCUGUACAUGCUCAAGAAGACCACUAUGUUGACGAAUACGCCCAUCCAAAAUACGGAUACUCCUACUCAGUAGAAGACCCCCACACCGGUGACCACAAGUCCCAGCACGAGACCCGUGAUGGUGAUGUUGUGAAGGGAGAGUACUCCCUAUUGCAGCCUGAUGGUUCCUUCCGUAAGGUUACUUAUACCGCUGACCAUCAUAAUGGAUUCAACGCCGUAGUACACAACUCGCCACCAGUCAUCCAUCAUCAUUAG